CUCCACUCGGCUCCGUUCGGCCGCGCUCGGCUCCUUUCGCCCCCCCCGCCCCGGCCGAUGGCUGCGGGCCGCCGCCGCUCCCCCCCGGGGCCGUGCUGCCCCCCGGGGGCGGCGGUGCCGGGCGUGAGGCAGAGCCUGGCCGAGAUGGACUUCGAGCGGGGGAUCUGGGCGGCAGCGCGGGACGGGGACGAGGCGCGGGUGCUGCAGCUGCUGGAGCGGCGGGGGGAGCCCAGCGAGACCGACACGGCCGGGUACACCGCGCUGCACUACGCCAGCCGUAACGGGCACCUGGGGGUGUGCCGCCUGCUGCUGCAGCGCGGUGCCCGCUGCGACGCCCGCACGCCCGGCGGUGCCACCGCCCUGCACCGCGCCUGCUACUGCGGCCACCUGCCCGUGGUCCGGCUCCUCCUGGAGCACGGCGCCGACCCCUCCGCCGCCGACGGGGACGGCCGCACCGGGCUGCACAAGGCGGCUGAGUGUGGCCACCGGGACGUCUGCGCCCUGCUCCUGCAGCUCGACCCCGCGCUGGCGGCCGCCCUCGACGCCCGGGGACGACGGCCCUGCGACACGGCGGACCCCGCGCUCCAGGACCUGCUGGAUGGCUGAGGGGGGAGCGGUGAGGCCGGUGUGGAUUUGGGGGGGGGGGGGACCCGCAGGGCUCUGUCCCCGCUGGAAAAAAAGAACAAAACCAGGUCCCGGCACCAAAA